GCGGUGUAGUGAGUGCGGAACGUUUUUGCGGAAAAGUUACACAUCUUAUCUAUAGUCUGCAGCGUUUCUAAAUCGCUGUCCAGCGCUACCAAUAUCUUGUAAGAACAUGUCCCCGAAAUUACGGAAACUGUAGGGCUUCAAGGUUGAGUUAAUAGAAACGAAACUAUAACCUAUAUGUAGGGGCGUAACCGGUAUAAGAUACUGGGCCAAAUUGAACGUUAUCCGUGCAGUGAGAUCUUAUGGAACGCUUAUUUUAAUUGAUUGAACGCUGGGGUGGUAUACUGAGCUCUGUAUUUAAUUAGGUCUUACUGUCCACCAUGUCUUUGAGGAGUUAUCUGUUCGAAAGUGGAUGACCCAUGUGAUCAGCAGAGAACCAUGGUACCCCCAAAAAGUGAUAACUGGAUAAGAAGAUUCGCUGUUUCAGAUCCUAGAACACAUAAGAAAGGUUUUACAGUCUAUAAAGUUACAUCAAUUGUAUUUCCUAGAGGAUCACCUGAGGCUGUAACAAAAGUAGUGGUGUGGAAGAGGUAUAAUGAUUUCAAGAAACUUUACCAAGAACUCAGGACAAAACAUCAGAAGUUGUAUCUACAGGAUAAAUUUCCAGUGUUUGCAAAGGCCAAGUUUUUUGGAAGAUUUGAAGAUGAUGUCAUAGAGGAACGACGAAAAUGCGCUAUUUCCCUGUUAGAAUUCAUUGGAGACCAUCCACCACUCUUCACUAGUAACAUUUUUGUGAAAUUCUUUGAGUCGGGCUACACUGUUGACGAUGGGGAUAGUGACAAGUCACCUCUGACCCCUACUGUUCCUGGAGGCAGUAUAAUUCUUGAACCAGAUGUGAUACAUCCAGAACCACCAUGCGUAAAAAAUAUAAACAUUUCUGCUGAAGGUGGAGAUGGCAACAUGAGACCAAAGUUUGGGUUGGAAACUGAAGGUCCCAUGCUGAAACUAGGAGGGACAUGGCAAUUUCCUCAACAGGCGGACUCCAUUUCCUUGAGUUCACAUAGUUCAGAUGAAGGCACCAAUUUCACGGAUACAGACUCAGCCUCUGCACUGAGUGGCAGUGGAAUCAGCUCACCACUCCAGAGUGCAGAUCUACAAUUUUUUGAUCCACUGCAACAGACUCCAACAAAGCAGCCCUUGUUGAACAGCAAACAGGAAAAUGAGAAGAAAGUUCUCCAUACUGAAGUGAGCAAUAGUUGGUUGCUUUCUUUGUCACCUGGUCCAGAAAAAUCACAGAGUGACAUACACAAUGAUGGAGCAACACCGCAACACAAAUUAUCACCCACUACAGUUUCUCAAGAGAAUGGUAUUUCUUUGGGGAAAGCCACCUCUUCUAAUAGCCAAGAGCAAGGACCGUAUUCAUGGCAGGUGCCUGAACCGAAAUCCAUAUCCAGUCUGCAACAUGAUGUUUACGUAGACCCACAUCCUACUGAAACAGAAUCAUUCUCAAGACUUUGUGCUGGCAGAAACCAGGGCUUUGAAGCAGGCCAGAUGCAGGCUGUGAUGCCAGGCAAUGUAACACAAGAGCCUGCCAGCUAUAUUGUGGAAGCAGCUAACCAUGUUGGACAGGCACAGCUGCAUCAAGCCCAGGGAGAUUAUGAUGCAGCAUUUGCAUUCUACAAGACUGGUAUUGCAUGCCUCCUGGGUGGUGUUCAAGGAGAUCCUGAUAAUAAGCGAAAACAAGUUGUUCGAGAAAAGACAGCCCAGUAUCUUCUUCAGGCCGAGAAGAUUUAUAGUCAGCAUUUAGCAUCGAAGUCUGCAGAAUUAUCACUAUGGGAUCCCAAGUCUAGUAUGCAGUUGCAGCGCCCCCUAUCAGAGCUUCAGUAUUACAAAGUCCUUGGUGUUAUUAACACUGUCAUGUUGGUGCUGAAUACACUAGAUGAUCGUUGCUACAUUAUGAAGGUGUUACACAAAUCUCCUUGUCCUGUAAGUGACCUGAAAUGCCCCAUUGUGCCACAAGAUGUUCCUUACAUGGUGAAACUACAUGGAUACUUUGAAACUGAGUCAGCAGUAUUUCUUCUUCUCCAGCAUGCAAGUGGUGGCAAAUUAUGGGAUCAUGUGGAUUCAUAUUUCCAGUCUCUUCCACCAACACCAGUACAUGAACUAAGUAUGGGUAAUGUUUAUCUGGGAAAGAAAUUAAUACAGGAUGGAGUUAGUGAAGCAAAAACCAAGUGUGAAGGGCUUGCUGAGAGAGGUACAACCCCAGUAGAUUAUCCUGAAGGCAUUCCAGUGUUUGAUGAUGCGGAUUCUGUGUCCAGCCAAGACCACAGUUACGUAGAAUUACUCCGUGACUAUGCUUCAACAGCAACAAGGAAACUAUUUCAGUGUGGUAAAGAAUUAUAUAAUAAUAGUCAGAAUAGUGCAAGCAAUCAGGAAUCAUCUAUUCAGAACAGCAAACUUGGUGAUAAAGUACCAAACAAAUAUGACUAUAAUAUUCAGGGAGUUGGUAAAAAAUUGGAAAAUAAUGCUCUUUCAUCAAAAUUCCAGGAAGAGGAUGAUAAUGUAAGUCAGUUGUCAGACACUUUUCAAACAUACCCUCAGGAGCAUGUAAAUAACGCUAUCAGCAACCCAGUACCUGAUCUUUUACCACAAGAAUCUAGAUUUCUUUUAUCAUGGAAGAAUCUUGAAAGUUUGGAUACAACAGACUUGGUUGAAAAUGCCCAAAAGCUCCUUGCCUCUGUAAAUAAGACACUUCUUAAUAGUGAAACGGUUGUAAGUCGAAUGAAGAACGAUAAAGUUAACAAUAUGGCUGAGGAACAAGUUGUGGCAGUAGGGACUGACAGAUGCAAGAGUAAUACAGACAGUGUUUUGAAUGCAUUUGUUACUGGUAGUGGUGCAAGUGUAGUAACACUAACAGGAGAAAAUGCUGCAGCGAAGCUAUCGGGCACAAAUAAAUCUAGUGACACGAAAUCUGUAAUGCGCUGCAAGUCUGAAGAUGUGCCUUCAGCAGCCAGUACAAGAAGAAAGGAAAGAAAAUUAUCUGCAGGAAGAAGACGUUCAGUUACAGCGCAUUCUAGAACAUCAUUAGAACGCCGUUAUAGUAGUGAUGAUAUAUUUGAAGGUCAUGGUAGAGGUUUAUCUGGUAGUCUGGAUCGGACACAACAGAUUUCACGCCUACAUUCAAUGAUAGGCCACCCUAAACUGCGUCUACCUGAAGCCAAUGUCCGUAUGUGGGCUGCUGAAUUAGUUGUUGUUCUUGAUGCUUUGCACCAGUGGGGAAUCAUCUGCAGGGACCUGCAACCUGACAAUGUAUUGCUAGGUGAGAAAGGACAUGUACUCCUCACAUACAUGUGUCGGUGGGCCGAUGUGGACUCUCAAGUUAGUGCUGAAGCCAUUGAAAGGCUUUAUGCUGCUCCUGAGGUAAAUGGGAUUUUUCAGCUUACCCCAGCAGCUGACUGGUGGAGCUUUGGUGCCAUCAUUUUUGAAUUGCUAACUAGCAAGUCUUUGUUAUCAUGUCAUCCUGGUGGUAUCCACAGCCACACAAUCCUCAACAUUCCAGAAUACAUAUCAGAAGAAGCCAAAUCUUUUCUCAAAGAGCUGCUGAGGCAUGACCCUCAGGAAAGACUUGGUUCUGGAGUGAAUGGUGUGCAAGAACUGAAAUCUCACCCAUUCUUCAGUGGAGUAGACUGGCAUAUGGUGCUUUCUGCCAGUUCCUCUACGUAAUGAUGUAGUGGCAUCAAGAGCUGUUCCUAGUCACUUUAAGGAAAACAGAAUUUUUUGGCAAGAGAACUAACCUCUAAACUAAUUCAUAUUUCUGAUAAUCAUUGUUCAGUAACGCUUAAUAUUACAGUUGUGUCUCCAUUUGUGUGGUAGAUACAUCCCUGAAAAUCACAUAAAUGAAAAAAAAAACAGUUUCCUGUAAGAAAUAAAGGAAGAAGGGGAGGAAGUUUAUACAUGGUCCAAGCCUACCCAAGGGAUUGAACUCCUGGAUGAUAAACAGUUAUACUAUAUUUAUUUAUGUAAAAUGUUUGUAUAGAUAUAUGUAAUAUAUUAUGUUAGCAUUUUGAGAGGUAUAAGCAAAUGUGUUAUAAUACCAGUGUAAUUUAAUUUAUUUUAUUCCUAUGGUGGAAGGGGAGAUUGAGGAGUAGAGUUAGUCAUAGGAGGAGGAAGAGGAAGCAGUGGUGUAUCAAGGCUGUGGUUCAUCUGUAUCCUGAACUGAGGAAGAUGAAGUGGGCCUGGCUGGCCCGAAGAAGAUGGAAUGAGGCUUUGAUGAUUCUGAUGAUGUAGAGGAUAGUGGUUCUUCAUUUUCUUUCCUGUCCUUUUUGUUACUGAAAUUUGCUUUAUGCUUUUCAUUUUUUUUAUGUAGUAGCAGAUAAUAGGAAUUGAUUGCCCUCUUCACUUUCCUGAUGAUUUUUUCACUGUGUCCUGCAAGAGUUUGUCAUGCUCAAAUGUUUCCAGUCAAAUUUCAGUGUGGUGAAUUCCUAUUUGGAGAAUUUUCUUCAUCAGCUCCCAUUUUAUUUUAGUAUGUUUUGUCACUGGUUUGCUCUAUAAAAUAUGUGGUGGUAUCUUGUCCCAAAAUGGACUGGUUGCAUGAACAAUAAACAUCCAUAUUCCUCCACUGUUUUCCACCAUUUAUCAGGAAAAUAGGCUGCUUUUUUUGGUUACAAUGUGAACUUGCAGUUGUGAAAAUGUUGACAUUCCUUCAGUUUAAAUCCGUUAAAUCCCUUCUUUAGUUCUGCUUUCAUCUUCCUAUCUUCAUAAAUCCAUUUGGUGUUUUGGCAGACUCUGAAGUAUCUGGCUGUCUCAUGACAUUCCAAUUUUCACUGAUCCAUGUUGUUGGCAUCAUUUCCAUCACAGUCUUAAUGGAGAGUGAGUGAUAUGACUUACUUUCAUCCAACUUGUUUUAAACAGUUUUUAAAAUCCUGACUUGUGGUUGCAGAUGGCUCUGAGUGUUGUCUCUGUUAAACCUGUUGCUUGGACGAUGUUCUUGGUUUUUUUCUAAUUUCACAUAAAGACACAGGUAAGCCUUUGCAGCAGUGACUGAUGUGUGAGGCUUUGGAAGUGUUGGAAGUGGACUGAGAAGCCCAUAUCUAGCUGCCUUGUUUGCUAUGAUAGGUUGUGAAAAGGGAAAGCUAUUUAUUAAAUUAAAUUUAAACUUCAAGUG